AUGGCCGCCACUCCGCCUCGUUCCGCCGCCGUGGGCUACGCCCGAGCUCCGGCCCGACGGGCCGCCGGGAGCCGCUGUCGAGCUAGCUCGCAGCGCCGCCGGGGGUCGUGGCCGUGCGCCAGCAGGGGGAGAGAGGGAUGGCCGCGGAGGAGCUUGGCGGGGCGCCUCCGCUGCCUUCGAGGCCGCAGCGCGCGCCCGCGUUUUCCCGCGUCGGAGCUCGGAGGUCGCGCCCGCGGAGGAUCACGGCGAUGUCGAGCUUGCCAAGAUCUAGGCGAGGUGGUGGUGCCCGGCCUGCUCGCACAGAGCUCGACGCUGGCGAGGAAGCAGGCCCUGUGCCAGCCACGGCGCCGCUCUGCGCAGGGGAGGGAGGAGGAGUGCGCGGUGGGGGAGGUGGAGCGAGGAGGGCCGGUGGCGGUGGGGCGGAGGGAGGAGCGGCGGUGCGCGGGCGGCACAGGGAGCAGUGGCGGGGCGGCCUGCAUUGGUAGCUGCGGCGGGGCGGCCGGCACGGGGAGCGGUGGCGAGGCCUCGCCGCGCGCGGGGGAGCUGCGGGGUGGCCUGCACAGGGAGGAGCAGCGGCGCGCGGCCUGCACGAGGAGCAGCGGCCGGGCAGCCGGCGCAGGGAGCGCGAAGCACGUGCACGCGCUGCACGGGCGGCCGGGGACCAGCGGGUGCACGGCAAGGCGCAGAGGCCGCAGCGUCCAGCGGGCGUCGCGGGGAGCUGCGGCCGGCGAGGUGGAUCCGCAUCAGGGAGCCGCCGGCGGGGCGACGCGGGGAGAAGCAGGCGGUGUUUGUGUCGGCUGUUGGAGAAGCAGCUGUUUGGGUCCGUGA